UCAAACCCGUAAUUCUCGUCCACCGGAUUCCAUCAUCCCCUCUCCAUCCAACGGUCCCAACGGGAGUAUUAUCCAUAAUCGAACACUCAGGAUCGCUCGAUCACCUCAAGCCUGUGGACGACGUCCCCUCGCACGCGUCAGGAGCGCUUCACGUCCACCAGUCGCACGGCGGCGAUGUGUCCGAAGCCCGACCUGAACCUCCGUCCCCCGCCCUCCGGCACGUAGCUCUCGCUAAAACCUUACUAGGGGAACCCAUCAAAUGAUGCUGAGAUCCGUCCACCUCCCGCUCGGAUUUGGUGUCUCGCCCCUGCUCCGAUGCCUUCCUCGCUUCUCUGGCCUCGCCUCCUGCUCCUGGUCCAGGAUUUCCUCCUCUCCUGAAGGAUUGCCGCUUGACGUGCCUUAUUCUCGUCAACAUGGUGUAUUCAGAGCCUUUCGGAUGUCUUCCGGCGGUCCGGGCACGAGCCCCGAUGUGGAUGCCGCCCUCGGGUCCGCCGUGGCGCUGCCUGCAAUUCAGAUGCCCAAGAUUUGCUUCUGCCAUUCCUGUGGAAAUCCAACUAAGCAAGUUAUUCCGGAUGGAGAAAAAAAGAUAAGACCGGUUUGUGUGGUAUGUGGGAAAAUCCACUAUCAGAAUCCCAAAAUGGUAGUUGGUUGUCUGGUGGAGCAUAAUGACAAGGUUCUGCUUUGUAAACGGAAAAUUGAGCCGUCUUAUGGCCUUUGGACACUUCCAGCUGGUUUCUUGGAGAUUGGAGAGUCUGCUGCAGAAGGGGCAGCUAGAGAAACUUUGGAAGAAGCAUGUGCUGAAGUUGAAGUCCUUGCACCAUUUGCUCAGUUAGACAUACCUCGCAUUGGCCAAAGUUACAUCAUCUUCCGAGCAAGACUGAAGACACCUCAUUUUUCACCAGGCCCUGAGUCACUGAAGUGUGCACUUUUUGCGUUGGAUGACAUACCAUUUGAUUCCCUUGCAUUUUCUUCAAUCAUUGUUACUUUGAAGAUGUAUAUCGAAGACACCAAAUCUGGAAAUCUCAAGUUUCACUAUUGCACCAUAAAUAAGAGACCAGGUGCCAGCCCAUCUGAUCCUCGUGGUUUCGAUGUGGAUCAAUGUUUACAUUCGUAGGAUGGUUCAUCAGGAUCAACAUGGUUGGUCGGCGAGACUUGAAUAGAAUUGCGGCUGACAGAUAUUUCGAUAGACAGAGAGGUUUUUCUUCAGGAUCAGAUGGGUCUUUUGUACUCCAUGCUGUGACAGUGAAGCAAGUGCUUUUGGCAAGAUUAGAUCUACAUCUGAAAUGUUCAUUUUCCUUGUAUUGAAGAAAUAACAAAAUAAAGUUCAUGUGUAAUAUGAUUACUUUGUGAUGGUAGAUGAGUAAGGAUUAAAUUGGUAUAUCAUAAAGAAUGGUAUUCUUUGAAA